CUCUCUCUCUCUCUCGUCAAAGCCGCCUCAGUUUCAUCGAUUUUUUCACCUGUCGUCAUUAUAAUCGUCGGCUCUUUUCAACUCCCUCUCUCCCUCUCUCUCUCUCGCACAAUAGUUGUUCAUUUUUAGUCUUUUGGGGUAUGAUUCCUCUGGAGCUACAUUUUGAGUCAAAUGGUGCUGUCAAUCUGUUCAAAUUUCCUCGAAGCCUUGUGUAAUUGCGUUUAAGUGGUACCUAAUACCCUCGAUCUUGCAAUUUGCUGAUUCUAAGAGAUGAAUUGUUUCAUGUUUUGUUGAUUGGGUUCUUGGAAUCUUGUUAUACAAUUGAAAUCAAAAGAAGCUGAAUCCUGUUGAUUGAAUUUUGACCUAUUUUUUAAAUAGAAGUGUGGAAAAAAUUGAUCUCGAAUGUUGCUUCGCUACUUGAUUAGAGUUGGUAUGUUGGAAUUUUUUAAAAAUUUGGCUGUUUGAUUUCUGGGUUUUACGAAUCCUCGAGUAUCCUAUGAUUUAUAUGAGAGGAGCUAGAUGAUAGACCUAAUUCCUUCAUGACCUGUAUCUCGGUGAGGAUUUUUCCAUUUGGGUCUUGACAUUUGUAGUGCUCGGAUUGAAUUUGGUAGCCAAUAGCAUUCUUGCAGCUUUUAUGGGUUGAAUUUUUGGUUUGGUAUGGAGUGUCUUCCUGUUGAAGUCAUUGGAAACAUACUAUCUCGUCUUGGGGCUGCCAGAGAUGUUGUGAUUGCAUCUACUACUUGCCGAAAAUGGCGAGAGGCUUGGCAGGAUCACCUCCACACACUUACGUUCAAUUCCAACGACUGGCCUGUAUAUCAUGAGAUGACAACUAGCAGACUUGAGAUUCUUAUUACUCAAACAAUAUUUCAAACCCGUGGACUGCAGUGCCUGUCGAUUGUUAUGGAUGAUGUUGAUGAAUUUUCUGCUGCUCCAGUGAUUGCUUGGCUCAUGUAUACCAGAGAAACCUUGCGCAAACUGUAUUAUAAUGUAAGGACGACUCCAAACAUCAAUAUUCUUGACAAGUGUAGUCGACAGAAAUUGGAAAUGUUGGAAUUAGCUCAUAAUACUGUCACGGGUGUUGAACCCAGUUAUCAGAAAUUUCCCUGCUUGAGAUCUCUUUCUCUGAGUUAUGUCAGUAUCUCAGCAUUGGAUUUGAGUCUUUUGCUUACUGCCUGCCCAAAAAUUGAGGUCCUAACCCUUACCAGUCUGGAUAUUGCCAUGUCAGAUACACAGGCAACUAUGGAAUUAUGUAGUGUGUCAUUGAAGGAUAUAUAUGUUGAAGCGAUUAGUUUGGACAAGCUCAUGUUGGAGGCUGAUAGCAUUGAGAAGCUGCAUUUAAAAGACUGUACUCUUGAGGUUUUUGAGCUUGUGGGCAAGGGUACAUUGAGGCUUCUCAGAAUUGAUGAUGUCAGUGUCAUCCAUCUGGACAUUGGUGAGAGUACUGAAAAUCUUGAGGUGGUGGAUGUUAGCAAUUUCACGAUCAUGUGGGCUAAGUUUCACCAUAUGAUUUCAAGAGCCUCAAAAUUGAGAAGGCUUCGGCUUUGGGGUGUUGUGUUUGAUGAUGAUGAUGAGAUAGUGGAUAUGGAGACCAUUUCUGCAUGCUUCCCUUUGUUGAGCCAUCUGUCCUUAAGUUACGAUCUUAGAGAUGGAGCACUUCAGUAUGGCUUGCAAGGUUCAUUUCAAUUGGAGAAUGUGGUUGUCUUGGAACUUGGGUGGACAGUGAUUAAUGAUCUGUUCUCGAAUUGGGUUGCAGGACUUUUAGAAAGGUGCCCUAAUCUCAGGAAGUUAGUUAUUUAUGGGGUUGUUUCGGAGGCCAAAACCCAUGAAGAUUGUCAUAUGUUAGCCACCUUUACCUCAUCCAUUGUGAGGCUCAUGAGGAAGUACUUGCAUGUAGAGGUUCAUUUUGAUUUUGAAUAGAAGUUAUGCAAGAUGCCUGUGUGGGAGUUCUGAUUUGGUUCAGGUACGAAAGUAUGUAUAUAACACUCAUCGAAGACUGUGGUCAUACAUCUUUUUGCCUUUUUCCUUUUAUUCAUUCUUCCCCUCUCCGGAUGAGUUUUGGACUUCGAGCAAUUGUACAUUUAUCCUAUUCUUUGUGUACUAGUGCAUGUUGUGCUUCCAUUUCCUUGUAUCUUUUUCCUUCAUGGGUUAUGCCUCUUGUUUGCAUUAUUUCUUAGUGGAGUUUUCAUAUUAAAGAUCUCUUCUUCUUCUUCUUCUUCUUCUUCUUCUUCUUCUU